AUGGAUUCCCCCUCGCCAGGCGCGAGCUCCCGGCGGACUGCUAGCCACCGCACUGACGCGGAGGGUUCGCGCGGAAGUUCCUCGCACAGAGGCGCCUCGAGAGCCCGCGCGCCGUCCCGUUCGGACUCUCCCGCGUCUUCCAGGCUCCUGCCGCCCCCUUCCUCUGCACGCUCACGCGAAACGUCGAGAAACGCGUCAGAUCCUUCCGCGACUCAUGGCGCUCCUUCCCACCGCUCAGACGCCCCUCUCCGCGUUUCCGUUUCGCCCAGCUCCGAGCACCCCUCGAGUCGCUCGUUGGCGAAGCCAGGAUCGGCGAAGGGAGGCGCCGGCCGCCGGAGGGACUCCGCCGAGAGGGAGAGACGUCGCUUCAGUUCCGACUCGCUUCCCACCAUCAGAACCCACCUCGCUGACGACGAGAGCGAUCGGCGAGGGUCGGGAAGGCAGGCACUCGCUGGAGGCGCUGGGAUGACUUCCAGAGGGAGCGAUCAGAGAGCCGCGAGACGGCUGGGGGCUUCUCCGGCGACAGCAGAUUCUCGGUCGCGAACGCACGAGGAGAGUGGACGAGAAGGCGCCGAACCAGGAGCGUCGCGGAAAGAGAUGCACGUUGGAGGGAAGCUGUAUUGGCCGCGCGCCACGAUCACUUACGGGCGCGGCGGACCUUGGCUCUUUUCACGCGAUCCAGACAGCCCGGGGGGAGAGGAACCCUCACGGAGAUCGAGAGCUGGCGACGCCAGAGAGGCUGUUGAGGAUGGCAACCUCGAGCGGCGAUCCUCGGUGCGCGACAGACUCAAGGAGAUGGAAGAGUUGAUCGAGAAAGCACUGCCUCAACCUGAACUGACAGCGGCCGACUGGGCUGCUGCGAAAAAGAAGAAGAGCCUCAAACACGAACACCUCAUCAAGAGAGAAGUCGGCAAACCUGCCGAAGACAUCCACUUCACCAAGCGAGGCGACAGCUUCCACAAACCGGCCGUCGUUCUCCCUGGUGAAAGCGCGACUGAUCAAAUGCGAAUUCCGUGGAUUGCGUCGAGUGCGCGCACGGGGCUCCUCGCUAAACAGGACGCUUCGACGGAUGGGCCCAGAACCAAACAACCGUCCGAUUCGGCGCCGACGGUGUUCGACAAAACACUGCAGGAAAUGCCAGAAGAACCUCUAUCUCGCAUGGACAACGCUCCACUCGAAUCCACGCUUCUGGAGAGAGGCGCUUGGGACGCGUACAUGGAGCGAACUCACAGGACAUACGAAACGAAGCAAGAGAGAGGGACAAAAGAAUUCAGCAGCAUGCUCCUCGAAAACCGCCACCGGCAGUCCAAGGCUCAGGCGGGAUCCAGAUCCGAGACGGAUGAGGACGAAAAAGCAGUCAUGAGGAGAGAUGCAGAGCAAGACGCCAAGCUGACGUCCAGUCCAUACGUUCCUCUCCCUUACUCUCAGAAACAAGAAGAGUGGGAUAUCACGUCUCUCGGCAGAAUUUCCACCGUAGCUGAAAAAGUCUCCCACCGCCUCCACGACGCCCUUCCCUUUGAAGGGAUUUCCUGGUCGCGCCAACCGACUCUGACCGACAGGAACGUGGAUCUGUUCUUCCGCCUGGAUUCGGAAGACACAUGUGAACAAUUUCGGGUCACAGAUGAGAUUAGGUCGUCUCAUGAGAGGGUUCGGUUCGCGGCCAAGGUGGUGAGACACUUGAUGAAGGAGCCGGAGAGCGACAAGCGCACGAGAUGGAUGAAUUUGAGGAGAGUGGCGAAACUGUACGCCGGAGCCCCAGUGUGCAGCACUGAGUCGCCGAGUGGCUCGGACGAACUGGAAAUAAAACUCCUCAGGAGCAGAGACUGGAGAAGAAGCUUUGAGUGCCGAGACGAAGACGAAGACGCGACAACGACGGUUGCCGGAACGCCCCCCCCUCCGAUCGAUUCCCCUCGACUGCCCCAUCCGUACUGUCAUCGGGAAUGGGGCCCAAAGAGGCCAAAGGGGGCUGAACCAAAACUCAAUAUCAGCAAAGAAAGGGAUUACUUAUGGGAGUUGGAGCGCGUUCUCGAGACGAUCAACGAAACGCUGGGUCCGCCUUGGAGACAGAAGUUGCCUAAAGCCGGUCUUCUUGCCACACUGCUGCGACACCCGAUGCCAGUUCCCCUGCGCGAACGACUGGGGCGAUCGGGGGCAGAGCUCAUAGGGCGCCUCCACCGAGGCCGCUUCUGGGCGGAACUGUUUCACAGCAUUUGGUUCUCGUUGACUGUCGAGAGGUUCCAGCUUUUCUACACGAACUACACGGGCGCGACGUUCCUAGACUGGGAUCCCGCAACUAGUGCCUUCGACUGGGUAUACUACACUCGCAAUCUGCCCAGGAUGUUCCGCCUAUCCAACUACCUCAUGACAGGCGCGCUCGAGUCGCAUAUCCCUGGCCUCCAGCGACUUCUGUUUCGCCUGAAUUCCCUCAACUUUUUCGCGUACCGCGUCAGCUGGUCACUCCACUACUCCUUCUAUGGGAACAAGUUGUUUUCGCAGCCGGACCGUUCUGCCUAUCUUGCCAAAGACGGCAAAACGCUGGACCCAGUCUCGAUGGCUACGCUCGCCUUCACGUUGCUCCGGUGUCUCCUGAAGCACUCCACUGCAUGCACCGCGCUUCAAUACAAUAUUGAAGCGGUUGGCCGGCUGUGGCCAUUUGUUCUCGAAUACAAGACGAAUUUCAUCACCAAGGAAGAACUCUGUGUGCGGAUGUUCACCUGCCCUCUGACAAAUGGUUUCUUCUCCGUCCUCGCCAACGGUGAAGUCCCAGAGAUGCCGCAAGCAGUCCACGCCAUACACUCCUACUUUCUCCUCCUGACUGAGUUUCUGUACGGAGGACGUCCUCAAGGUUUCUUUGAGUCGUUGUCGAAGAGUUUCGACACGUGCGUCCCGUGCAUUUGGAUGCACCUGGCGGCAGCACUCAAUUCCGCAUGCGUCAUGAACGUUUUUCUCGUCGGCGAUAUCCUGGCGUUCAUCACGGAUCUGCUCUACCUCACCUGUCUCGACGGCGCGGCGCUUCCACAGAGAGCAGCCCGACUUAUUCACAAGAGAAUCGCUUCGAAACUCCUGCACUUGCUCGGCGAGAACCGUCCAGAUCUCGCUGAUAGCGAGACCUGGGACCACGUCGAACGCAAUGCCAAGUGUCUACGGAAGGCUCUCUUCACGGCAAUGAGAGGCCAGGCCAUUGAACCGGAGCUCCUCGAACCCUUCACCCUUCCGGUGCGCUCUGCGCCGGGAACCGACCCCAACGUCUACAAACUUCCGUGGCCUUCUCUCGCGAGACUGUUCCCGUCACCGGAUCAAAUCCCCUGCUGGCGUCCGGGAUGCACGAAAAAUCUUCGCUUGGCCCCAGAACAAGUCAAGCAGCCCGGGGCUGAAAACUUUCGAUACUGCCCAAAAUGCAACAUUGCCGCGUACUGCAGCCAGGUCUGCCAAGAUCGACAUUGGGUCUUGGAGCAUCGGCAGGUGUGUGCCUACUUCCGACGGCCGCCAACCUUUCUUCGCUUUCACAUGCUUCCUGGGCAAGUACCCAUGGAGCUGCAGGUUCCGGUUUUCGACAUCUUCAAGGGAAUGUUUGAUUUCGAAUGGGUAGACGACGGGAGCGCAUUUGAAGCGAUCUUUUAG